AUGCUAUUUUCAACUCUGAUCCUAACAAUGACCACUGUAUGCCAUUUAAUUACAUAUAUCAAUCAUAUUUCUGGCUAUAUACGUUCGAAUCGGUGCUAUUCAUGUAUGUCACCACUAUACGAAGAAUUAUUCAAGGACGGUGUCAUGUCAAGGUACUUUUAUGAACCGAGGAACUUUACGUCGCAGUGCAACGAUCCGAUGCAACCAUCUAACAUCGGCCUAGUAUCUUGCAAAUCAAUCUGUCUUACGCUUACUCAAGAUUUUAUUGUUAUGGGACGUAACACUGGCAAAAAGUUAACGAUACGCGGUUGUGCGGUUUCUAUAAGUCGCCAUGGCUUUUCCAAUAGAACAAUGGUUUUAUUUGACAGAUAUGACAUGUGUCGCGAUAUUAAAGCAUCUGAUCUUUUCCGCUAUGAAUCAGAAUCACAAAGAGUUCGGGUGUGUUCAUGUCUGGGUGAUCGUUGUAACGUUAGUGCAAGCUACUGUGGAGCGACCCGUCAACUCGUCGUAGCUGUUGUUAUUUUUAUAUCUUCAGUCUCGAAACUGUUUUAG